AUGGAGGAGAUCCCUAUCGAGACUUCGGAGGAGGCUGUAGAGGAGAAUCCUACGAUGGAAACUUAUGAAUUCCAAACGGAAGUGAAUCGUCUUAUGGAUAUUAUUAUUAACUCUCUUUACCAGAAUAAGGAUGUGUUCUUGCGUGAAGUGAUUUCGAACUCUGCUGAUGCGCUUGACAAGAUCCGUUUCAUUUCUCUGACGAAUAACGAGGUACGUAGUUACGACUCCGUGGACGACUUGGAUAUUCGCAUCAAGUUCGACGAGGAGGCUGGUACUCUGACGAUCACGGAUCGUGGUAUUGGUAUGACGAAGCAAGAGCUGAUCGAGCAUCUUGGAACGGUGGCCAAGUCGGGUACGACGCAGUUCGUGGAGAAGAUGGCUGCUGGAGGCGAUCUGAACAUGAUCGGUCAGUUCGGUGUGGGUUUCUACUCUGUGUAUUUGGUGUCGGAUCGCGUGGUGGUGCGAUCUAAGAGCGACGAGGAUCCCGUUCAGCACAUCUGGGAAUCCAGCGCGGAUGCGACGUUCAAGGUGGGCGAAGAUCCUGCGGGCAACACGCUGGGUCGCGGUACGGAGAUCACGAUGUAUCUGAAGGACGAUGCGAAGGAAUAUUUGGAUGCGGACAAGCUGGAAGGCCUGAUCAAGAAGUACUCGGAGUUCAUUACGUUCCCGAUCUAUCUGUAUAAGAGCCACACGGAGACGGUGGAGGUGCCUGUGGAGGAAGAGGAAGAGGAGGAUGUGUUCGAGGGCGAGGAUCUGGAGGAUGAGGAAGGAAGCAACGCGGAGGAAGUCGAGGAAGAAGAGGCGGAGAGCGACAAGCCCAAGACGCGCACGGAGGAGAAGACGGUGUGGGACUGGGAGCUCAUGAACGAGCAGAAGGCGAUCUGGUCUCGCGACAAGAGCGAGAUUUCGGACGAGGAGUACGCCAACUUCUACAAGACGCUGGUGCGCAACAGUGAGCAGGAGCCUCUGACCUGGACCCACUUCAAGGCGGAGGGAGAGAUCGACUUCAAGUGCAUUCUGUACCUGCCCAAGAAGGCGCCCGCCGAUCUGUACGAGGACUUCUACCACAAGAAGAUGAACAACCUGCAUCUGUACGUGCGCAAGGUGCUGAUCCAGGAUUCGUUCGACGAUCUGCUUCCUCGCUAUCUGUCCUUUGUGGUGGGUGUCGUGGACUCGGACGAUCUGCCUCUGAACGUGUCGCGUGAGCAGCUGUCGCAGGACAAGGUGCUGAAGGUGAUGGGCAAGAAGAUCGUGCGCAAGGCCAUCGAGAUGAUCAAGAAGCUGGCCGAGGAAACGGCUGCGGAGAAGGAGGCUGAGAAGGCUGAGAAGGAAGCCGAGAAGACCGAGAAGACCGAGACGGAGGAGCAAGUGGAGCAGACUGAGCAGACUGAGCAGAAGGAGGAGGAAGUGGAGAGCACGCAGCCCGAAGACAACGCGAACUACAUCGAGCUGUGGGAGCAGUUCGGCAAGUCGCUGAAGAUCGGAGUGAUCGAGGACAGCGCGAACCGCAACAAGCUGGCGCGUCUGCUGCGCUACAAGUCGUCGACCUCGGAGGGCAAGUGGACCUCGCUGGAGAACUACGUGAAGCGCAUGAAGGACUGGCAGAAGCAGAUCUACUUCGUGAGCGGCGAUUCGGAGGAGAAGCUGGCCGAGUCGAUGUUCCUGGAGACGUUCAAGCGUCGCGGUGUGGAGGUUCUGUACUUCACGGAGGCGAUCGAUGAGUACGUGGCGCAGAACCUGCGGGAAUUUAACGGCAAGACGCUGCAGGACAUCACGAAGGAGGGCGUCGAGCUGGGCGACGAGAAGGAGCAUCAGAAGAAGGUGCAGAAGGCCUACGAGGAGAAGUACGAGAGCUUCACGAAGUGGCUGAAGGAGCUGCUGGGCGACAAGGUGGACAAGGUGGAGAUUUCCAGCAAGCUGGAGUCCGCGCCCGCCGUGCUCUCGACGAGCCGCUACGGCUACUCCGCCACGAUGGAGCGCAUCAUGAAGUCGCAGGCGCUGCAGAACCCGGAGCGAGCGAAGUACUUGAAGUCGCACAAGAUCAUGGAGAUCAAUCCGCGCCACCCGAUCAUUUCCAGCCUGCAGAAGAUGGCCGACGAGGAUCCGGAGAGCGACGUGGCGCGCGACUUCGCCAAUCUGCUGUACGACAGCGCGCUGAUGAACUCCGGCUUCAUGAUCGAGGAGCCCAACGAGUUCGCCACGCGUCUGUACAGCCUGAUGAAGGAGUCGCUGCAGCUGGAGAGCAUGGAGUUGGAGCCCGAGAUUGAAGUGCCCGAGGAAACGAACGAGGAGGAAGAGGAGGAAGAAGCGACGGAGGAGGACGAGGACGAGAACGAGAACGGCAUCAAGGUGGAUCUGAAGAACGGAGAACAGAUGGAUGAGGACGAGUUCCGCGAGAUGCUGAAGAAGGAUCGCAAGGAGGACGAGGAGGAUGACGAGCUGUAAAGAGAGGAGAAUGUACACUGGAUUGAUUGAUUGAUUGAGUUGGGCUUAUUUGCUGUAUUUAAAUGAUGGGUUGAGU